GGUAUUGUUUUUUGCCCACUGUGUUAGAAUCAAUAGUUGAUAACGGGGAAUUCCUUCUUCACCUUUACCCUUAGUUUGAGAACCCUAAUCCCUUUAACUCUUACAAACCAGAGCUCUUCUCCUUCUCUCAAUUCUUUCAGUCCAAGGGGCUGCGGAUUGUCUGGUUCUCUUCCACAGAUAUAGGGUUACUGUCUGAAAUGGCAUCAGUAUCUAGUCAGCCACAGUUCCGUUACACUCAGCCACCGUCAAAGGUUCUUCAUUUGAGAAACUUGCCAUGGGAGUGCACAGAGGAAGAACUGAUUGAACUUGGGAAGCCGUUUGGAAAAGUUGUGAACACAAAAUGCAAUGUUGGGGCAAAUAGAAAUCAAGCUUUUAUUGAAUUUGCCGAUUUAAAUCAGGCUAUUGCAAUGAUAUCAUACUAUGCCUCAUCAUCAGAACCUGCUCAAGUACGAGGAAAAACUGUAUACCUACAGUAUUCAAACAGGCAAGAAAUAGUGAAUAACAAAACUGCAGCAGAUGUUCCUGGGAAUGUAUUGUUGGUAACAAUUGAGGGUGCAGAUGCACGUCUUGUCAGCAUUGAUGUCUUGCAUCUGGUUUUUUCAGCCUUUGGAUUUGUGCAUAAGAUUACUACAUUUGAGAAGACGGCAGGAUUUCAGGCACUGGUUCAAUUCUCAGAUGCAGAGACUGCCACUUCUGCUAAAGAUGCUUUGGAUGGAAGAAGCAUACCUAGGUAUCUUCUUCCUGAGCAUAUGGGACCAUGUACCCUUAGGAUCACGUAUUCUGGACAUUCAGAUUUAAGUGUGAAGUUUCAAAGUCACAGGAGCAGAGACUAUACUAAUCCUUACCUUCCCGUUGCUCCAUCAGCUGUGGAGGGAAGUGGACAGGCUAUGGUUGGAUUGGAUGGGAAAAGACUAGAGACUGAGAGCAAUGUUCUUCUUGCAUCUAUUGAGAACAUGCAAUAUGCUGUGACAUUGGAUGUCUUACACAUGGUUUUCUCUGCUUUUGGACCUGUUCAAAAAAUUGCGAUGUUUGAUAAGAAUGGUGGUUUGCAGGCUCUGAUUCAAUAUCCAGAUACUCAGACAGCUGUCGUUGCCAAGGAAGCCUUGGAAGGCCAUUGCAUAUAUGAUGGAGGUUUUUGCAAGCUUCACAUAUCAUAUUCACGACAUACUGAUCUUAGUAUAAAGGUGAAUAACGAUAGGAGCAGAGACUAUACUAUUCCUAAUACGCCUAACGCCCAACCCUCAAUUUUAGGGCAACAAUCUGGGCAACAAUCUGCUCCUAUGGUGGGUCCGCCUGGCCAACCGUACAAUGGGUCUCAGACUGGAUGGGGGACAGGUCCACCAGCAGGGGUUCAGUCUAUGCCAAUGCAGAUGCACAAUAAUGUUUAUAUGCCACCUGGAAGCAUGCCGCAACAAAUGGCCCCAGGAAUGCAAUUUCCAAGUCACAACUCAUCACAGCCUACAACAACAUUGCCCGCAUAUGGAUCUGAUCGUGCUCAAUAGCAUGCAUCUCUUGCAUCUAAAAUAGAUCUGCAUUCGUUAACAAAGUCAGCUGGCUUCUGCAAGAGUACGAGGACUGUCAUUUAAAUUAGGGUACCAUCUGGUGACAUUGGUCUCCAUUUGUUGACCGAGUUAUUCUGAACCUCAAAUGGGCCACUUCUCCAUCUUUCCCUUUUAUUGUUUUCCAGAUGUUGAAUAUUGAAUAUGGAAAGUCUGUAAGCAAUUGAUCAACAACUUUUGAAUCUCUUAGUUUGAAACAAUGUUCUGUUUUAAUUGAUCUGUGCUUGAAAAUGAUAUUAGAAAAGCAAUCCAGCAUAAUCGAUUUUGUAUA